AGCCUGGACUUGUGCUGAAUCAUCUCAAAAUCUUCAGAAUCCAGUGGUGUAGGGAAGGAUGUGUGGGGGAGGUGACAGGAGGUGGGGCAAGAUCCCCAAAGAGGUUAAAUAGGUCACCUCCACACUUGGUUGCCAACCUCGCCUCCCCCCGAGCAGAAGGACCCACACUCACAGGUCCUCUCCUGGGCUCCUGGCAUCAUGAUCCCCCUGAAGAUGCUGGUCCUGAUCAUGCUCCUUCUGGGGGCUUCUCUGCAGGUCACGCAUGCAGCGAGAGGGACCAAUGUGGGCCGGGAGUGCUGCCUAGAGUACUUCAAAGGAGCCAUUCCUCUCAGAAGACUGAAAAUGUGGUACAGGACCUCAAGGGAGUGUCCCAAGGAAGCCAUCGUGCUUGUAACUGUCCAGGACAAGCCCAUCUGUUCCGACCCCAAGGACAUGAGGGUGAAGAGGGCAAUCAGAUAUUUAAAAAGUAUGCAGGACCCUGGGCUCCAGGAAUCCUGAUUUCGGCCUGGACCAUUUGGAGACCUCCAGCCUCACUGUUCACUACCCCAACCCCAAGCUGCCUGAGUCCAGGGGAGGCCCUACAAGGACAAAGGGGCCUUUUCUGGACUGGAACCAUAGCAGAAAGAGCCCAAACUAAAGUCUCUCUCUUCGUGGGCACCUGAGUGCCUCAGUCGGUUAAGCAUCUGCCUUUGGCUCAGGUUGUGAUUCCAGGGUCCUGGGAUCGAGCCCCGCAUCAGGCUCCCUGCUUCUUCCUCUGCCUCUGCCUCUUCCCUC